AUGACCGAGACGCAUAAGCGCCGGGGACCACGGACGAAUUACAGACGUGACCUCACCGAUCAGCACGACCUCCGCCCAACCACGAUGAGUCUCAUCCACGCACUUGUUGCUCGUGAAUCCGUCAUCCUUGCAGAGAACAGGUCCGGAAAGCGGGACUUUUCGAAUGCUGUAGCGACGAUUCUAUCCAAAAUCCCUCCGAACAAUUCGAAGCUCACAUACGUCUGGGAACAGUACCUCUUCCACUAUGUCUCCGAAGACGGCCUCACAUUCCUCGUCAUGGCUGAUGAUGCAGCUGGGCGUAGAAUGCCGUUUACGUUUAUCGCAGAUCUUCAACGGCGGUUUACCACUGCCUAUUCGCGGGACCAGAUUGACGAUGCUCCCGCGUACGGAUUAAAUGAGUUUUCGUCGCAAGUUGGGAAGUUGAUCGAACAAUACAACAUAGCCCCUCCCGUCGAUGCGCUCAGUCAAGCACAACAAGAUCUGGCGCAGGUCAAGGAUAUCAUGGUCCACAAUGUGGAGCAGAUUCUGAGUCGCGGGGAGAGGAUCGAACUGCUGGUUGAUAAGACUGAUAACAUGGCUACCCAAUCCCACGCCUUUCGACGAGGGGCACGAACAGUUCGAAGACAGCAGUUCUGGAGAAACCAGCGGAUUGUGGCUUUGAGCGUUUUUGUGGGACUCGAUAACUACACGCACACCCACUACGUCGCCGAAUGGUACAAUACCAUAUCCAACAUUCCCUUCAUCCUCCUGGGCCUCUUUGGAGCCUACUCAUUUCUCGCACCACACCUCCAACCGAACCGCAAACCUAUCCCAGACGGCACACGGCACGCAGCAGGAAACAUCGGAAUCAUGUGUAUCGGUUUCGGUUCAGCCAUAUUUCACGCAACCCUCAAGUGGCAUGCCCAGGUUCUGCUGGAUGAAUUGCCGAUGAUCUUCGUGACGAGUUUGGUGCUGUACCUGGUUUGUGCGGACAGUGAUCGGUGGAAGGGGCAGAAUUCGUGGAAGUUGAAGGUCGGGUUGGCUGCUGUUCCGUUGACAGUGUCUGCAGUAUAUUUAUAUUACCCAAACCCAAUUUUGCACCAAGUAUGCUUCGGAAUUAUCCAGUUAACAUCGACAUACCGGACUGUUCUCCUCUUCCGUACUGCCCCACCAUCAGUCCCACAAGCCGACCUGCGCGCAGCGAAACACUACAUCAUCACAGGCUCCUUACUCUUCGUCCUCGCGUUCGGAAUAUGGAACGUCGACAAUGUCUGGUGCGAUACUUGGACACUGGUACGCUCUAAAGCGUGGGGGCUUGGAGGUGGGAUUGGAGAACUGGUCGGAGCGGUGACCCAGGGACAUGCAUGGUGGCAUCUUUUGACUGGGUUAGGAUGCGCAAGAAUCGGAGUUGGGACGUCCUACUUGAUGUUGUGCAGGAAGUAUCCCGGCGCGUUCGAGCUGACGAGUCCUGCUUGGGGGUUGGUGCCUGCUAUUCGCUGGAGGGUGAUGGGUGGCAAGGGAGGGCUGGGUGCAAAUGCAAAGAUGGACAAGUUGCAGUAG